GCCAGACAGAUCACCUGACAUGCCUGAGCUGAGCUGACAUCAACACGAACAAGAAAAACAUUUUGAACAAGUUAACCACCAUGAAUUUGCAAGAUAUUUCUUUAAACUGCUGUCGAAUUGUUGCGGUGUUAAUGAUAUGGAUAUCAAAUUCAUAUGCUGCACAGUCUAAGCCAAACAUUGUUCUUCUCUACGCCGAUGACUUGGGUUUUGGUGAUCUGCAGGCUUACGGACACCCGACAAGCUCAACGCCCAACCUCAACCGUCUUGCAGCCGAAGGUCUCCGCUUCACUCAGUUUUAUUCCUCAGCUCCCGUAUGCAGUCCAUCGAGGGCUGCCAUUUUGACGGGAAGAUACCAUGUUCGUACAGGAGUCUAUCCAGGAGUGUUUGACCCUGCAUCUUCUGGAGGGCUCCCUCACAAUGAGACAACAAUAGCAGAGAUACUCCGCCCCCUUGGAUACCAGACGAGUAUCAUCGGCAAGUGGCAUCUAGGUGUUGGGAAGGAUGGUGAAUAUCUUCCUACUUCUCAAGGAUUUGAUCACUAUUAUGGCAUUCCAUACUCUCAAGAUUUUUGCCCAUGCUUAGUCUGCUUCUAUCCCGAAGACCCUUGUUUUGAUGACUGUCGCACCAAUGAAAGCCCAUGCCCUAUCUUCAACGACACAGUCAUCGUUGAACAACCCGCGAAUCUCGCCACCAUCGAGGCACGCUACACGAACCUUGCAAAGAAAUACAUCUCUGACAACGCAGCGGCGGACCAGCCAUUUUUCCUCUAUUACGCCUACCACCAUACGCACCACCCACAGUUUGCAGGAGAGCAGUUCCGCAAUACAACGAUCAGGGGCACGUUCGGCGACUCACUGGCAGAGUUAGAUUGGAGUGUUGGUGAGGUGUUGAAUCAGCUAGAUAGCAGUGGAAUAGCAGACAACACGUUUAUAUUCUUCACUUCUGAUAAUGGCCCAAGCCUUACUCGAGAAGUAAGAGGUGGAAAUGCAGGGCUUCUGAAGUGUGGCAAAGGUACCACCUAUGAGGGCGGUGUUCGUGUACCGGGUAUCGCACGCUGGCCCGGUCGCAUUAAUCCAGGUCGCACGAUCGAACUGGCUUCUCAGAUUGACCUCCUACCAACGAUUGCGAAUAUAACGGGAGCUACACUACCCGAGGUGCUGUUAGAUGGAGUAGACAUGAGCCCAAUACUGUUUGAAGGAAAGAAGAGUUUGAGAGAAGACUACAUCUACUACCCUGAAAACGCCAACCCCAAGAUUGGCAUCUAUGCAGUGAGAUGGCACCAGUACAAAGCACAUUAUUACACCCAGGGUGCCGGUACCAGCGGUUCCUUCAACCAUGACAAGGAUUGUCGACCCACGGCCAAUCGGACUUCCCAUAAUCCUCCACUUCUAUAUGAUCUUCACCAGGAUGCGUCAGAGCUUUAUGAUCUCAGGAACAGUACUUACUAUCCAGAAGUGAUUGCUGAGAUUGAACAGGUCAAGGCAAAAUUUGAAGCUACCAUGUUCUGGCCCAAAUCAGAGGUACGCAAACCGGACAACAAGAACUUAGAACCCUGCUGCGACCCCGGAUGCACACCCUUCCCAGAAUGCUGUCAGUGUCAUUCGGACAGUGACCGAGUAGCUAGUGACCACGAUAGUCAUUUACAUUGGAGUAAAGAGAUGUUAGGUGAGGGCUGGAGGUCAAGGCCAAUUGUACAGGUCCAGGAACAAGAACAUCUAAAUGGUCAUCGGUAACAGUGGUAGAGGAUGAUUUUUUUAACACUUGAACAAUAUGAAAGACGUUUUUUCCAGGAAAAGUUCUAGCUUAUACUUUCAGCAGCCCAAUUUGAAUUCAUUUAGAAAUGAAUUAUUUUGAGAAAAGGAAGUGCAAUGGCAAAAAAAAUUAUACUUUACAACCUUCUAUGUUUAAUGUAUCUAAGUUAUGCUUAGGAAAUUCAGGAGUGUCUCUGUACUUCAGUUUCUUUCCCAAUUUCUUGACUUGGCAUUUGAGCUACUAGGGUAAAAAAAAAAUAUAGCUGCUUUGUUUCAGCUUUUUAUUUGAUUUUAUAAAGUUUGUUAAUCAAAUUCUCGUAGCUUAAAGGUGUAAAAACAAAAAAUGAAAUAUUAAAGGGGAAGGAAACCUUUGGAACAAUUAGGCUUGUGUCGAAAC